AACAAUACAUUAAACUCUGUAUUAAAUAUCAAACAUUUAUUUUUAUUUGUUUGUGAACUGUAUUUAAGGAUCAAUUCAAACGAUACAAACAUUAAUAACUGUCAUUGACUUCAAACAGUUAACACAAAAAUAAAAUAUAUUAUUAACUAUUAUUACCAAACAUUGGGGACACCUAUUGAUUGGAUCUGCUCUCUGAAGACGACGACGACAUGCCAUCGACAACAACAACAAACUCACCAUCGGAUGAAAAGUCGACGACAAACGGCUCGGCAAACGGUGGCACCGAUAAGUCAUCGUUAAGUUCAUCGGCAACGGUUACGCCGAUACCGAGAUCAAUGGCCAAUAUGAUGACAAUGGCCACCACCGCAGUCACUGUCAACAACAACAACAGCAACAACAAGGAAAGGAUGUUUGUAGUGAAACGGGACGGCCGUCACGAGUCGGUAAUGUUUGAUAAGAUUACUUCCCGUCUAAGCAAACUGUGCUACGGCUUGGAUAUGGAGUACAUCGAUCCGACAGCUAUUACUUUGAAAGUUAUUGCCGGUCUCUAUUCGGGUGUAACCACUGUCCAGUUGGAUGAAUUGGCUGCCGAAAUUGCCGCAACAAUGACCACCAAACACGCCGACUACGCCCGAUUGGCCGCCCGUAUUGUUGUCUCAAAUUUGCAUAAAGAAACAAAGAAAAACUUUUCCGAAGUGGUAACCGAUUUGUAUCAGAUGACAAACGAAAGUACUGGUCGACCGAUGCCAAUGAUAUCUGACCGAACCUAUCGAGUAGUGAUGGCAAAUGCCGAACGACUUAAUUCGGCCAUUAUAUACGAUCGGGACUUUCAUUAUAAUUAUUUCGGGUUUAAGACUCUGGAGCGAAGUUAUCUGUUGAGGAUUAACGGCAAAGUUGCCGAACGUCCGCAACAUAUGCUGAUGCGAGUGGCCGUAGGCAUUCACGAGGAGGACAUUGAUGCCACUAUCGAGACGUAUAACUUGCUAUCGGAGCGAUGGUUCACUCACGCUUCGCCUACACUGUUUAACGCCGGCACUCCGCGGCCACAACUGUCCUCGUGUUUCUUAUUGACAAUGAGUGACGACUCGAUCGAAGGUAUCUACGAUACCCUUAAACAGUGUGCCAUCAUAUCAAAAGCGGCCGGCGGUAUCGGCAUCAAUGUUCACUGUAUACGGGCUUCAGGGACCUACAUUGCCGGUACUAAUGGCACGUCCAAUGGUCUGGUACCUAUGUUGCGUGUCUACAACAAUACUGCUCGAUAUGUAGAUCAGGGCGGCAACAAACGGCCAGGUGCUUUUGCUAUCUAUCUGGAGCCAUGGCACGCCGAUGUGUUCCAGUUUCUCAAUAUGCGCAAGAAUACCGGUUCCGAGGAGCUCAGGGCCCGCGAUUUGUUCUACGCUCUAUGGGUACCCGAUUUGUUUAUGAAACGAGUGGAAUCGGACGGCGUCUGGUCGCUGAUGUGUCCGCACGAAUGUCCCGGUCUGCAUGACUGCUGGGGCGACGAGUUUGAUCAGUUGUAUAUGAAGUACGAACAGGAAAAACGUUACAAACGUCAGGUGAGGGCACAGGCACUCUGGUAUGCAAUUGUUGAGUCGCAGAUCGAAACCGGCAAUCCCUAUAUGGUCUACAAAGAUCAUUGUAAUCGAAAGUCGAAUCAACAAAAUCUGGGAACAAUUAAAUGUUCGAAUUUAUGUACUGAAAUUGUCGAGUAUUCGGCACCCGACGAGAUUGCUGUCUGUAAUCUGGCGUCGAUUGCAUUGAACAGGUUUGUCAUCGACAAUACCACCUCAAGCCGUCGCUAUGACUUUGACAGACUCAAAGAGGUUACCAAAGUUGUGACCAGAAAUUUGAAUAAGAUUAUCGAUAUUAACUACUAUCCGGUUCCCGAAACAAGACGAUCGAAUAUGAGACAUCGGCCAAUUGGUAUCGGAGUUCAAGGUUUGGCCGAUACAUUUAUAUUGAUGCGCUAUCCGUUUGAGAGCUCCGAAGCCAAACAACUGAAUAUACAGAUAUUUGAGACCAUUUAUUACGGAGCACUGGAAGCCAGUUGCGAGUUGGCCGCCCGCGAUGGUCCGUACGAGACCUAUCAGGGUUCGCCAGUGUCUAAAGGUAUACUACAGUACGAUAUGUGGGACCGCAAGCCAACCGAUCUAUGGGAUUGGACCGCUUUGAAGGCCCAGAUUGCCAAACACGGUGUUCGCAAUAGUCUACUGUUGGCACCGAUGCCUACGGCCUCGACCGCCCAGAUAUUGGGCAACAACGAGUCGAUCGAAGCCUACACAUCGAACAUCUACUCCCGACGGGUGCUUUCUGGCGAGUUUCAGGUUGUUAACCAUCAUCUGCUCCGGGAUCUUACCGAACGCGGUCUCUGGUGUGAGGAUUUGAAAAUGGAAAUCAUAUCGAAUCACGGAUCCGUUCAGAACAUUAAUAUCGUUCCCGAAGAUAUCAAAGCGCUCUACAAAACUGUUUGGGAAAUAUCGCAGAAACGUAUACUGGAAAUGGCCGCCGAUCGCGGCGCUUAUAUCGAUCAAAGUCAGUCGUUGAAUGUUCAUAUUGCCGAACCAUCGAUGGCCAAGAUUACGUCAAUGCACUUCUACGGCUGGAAAUUGGGUUUGAAAACUGGAAUGUAUUAUCUGAGGACAAAACCGGCUGCCAAUGCCAUACAGUUUACUGUGGAUAAGUCAAAGUUGACAGCCAAGACCGGUACUGCUACGGCCACCGGUGGCGGUGAUAAGCGCUCGGGGCUGACCACCAAACCAACAGCCGAAGAGGUGCUUAUCUGUUCCCUACAGAACAAAGACGAAUGUCUUAUGUGUGGCUCUUAAGAGAGAGAGAGAGAGAGCAGACAUCCGAUGGCAAUCAUACACAACAACAACACUUACCGAUAUUUUUUAUAAGUCAUU